AUGUCCGGCGACCUCCCGCCAAACAUCAACCUCAGGGAGCCGCGGUGGGACCAGGGCACCUUUGUGGGACGAGCCAAGCAUUUCUUCACGGUGACGGACCCCCGGAACCUGCUGCUGACGGACGAGCAGCUGGAGGCCGCCCGCAAGACCGUGCAGGACUACAGACAAGGAAUCGUCCCUCCGGGCCUCACUGAAAAUGAGCUGUGGAGAGCAAAGUACAUCUACGACUCGGCGUUUCACCCCGACACCGGGGAGAAGAUGGUCCUGAUCGGACGGAUGUCAGCGCAGGUCCCCAUGAACAUGACCAUCACGGGCUGCAUGAUGACGUUCUACAGGACCACGCCGGCGGUGGUGUUCUGGCAGUGGAUCAACCAGUCCUUCAACGCCGUGGUCAACUACACCAACAGGAGCGGAGACGCCCCCCUCACGGUCAACGAGCUGGGCACGGCGUACGUGUCGGCGACCACUGGCGCUGUGGCCACCGCCCUGGGACUCAACUCCCUGGCCAAGCACGUGUCCCCGCUCAUCGGACGCUUCGUGCCCUUCGCCGCCGUAGCUGCCGCGAACUGCAUCAACAUCCCGCUGAUGCGGCAGAGGGAACUCAAAGUGGGCAUCCCCGUCACAGACGAGAACGGGACCCGCUUGGGUGAGUCUGCACAGGCUGCGCAGCAAGCCAUCGCACAAGUGGUCAUCUCCCGGAUUCUCAUGGCUGCGCCCGGCAUGGCCAUCCCCCCGUUCAUCAUGAACACGCUGGAGAAGAAGGCCUUCCUGAAGCGGUUCCCGUGGAUGAGCGCGCCCAUCCAGGUCGGGCUGGUUGGCGUCUGUUUGGUGUUUGCUACGCCUCUGUGCUGUGCCCUCUUCCCUCAGAAAAGCUCCAUGUCCGUGACGAGCCUGGAGGCCGAGCUGCAAGCCCAGCUGCAGGAGAGCCACCCCGCGCUGCGCCGAGUGUACUUCAACAAGGGGCUGUGA